AGUCCCCUCCAGCACAUGGAACCGAGAAACGGUACACAAAUUUCAGAGUUUUACCUUCUGGGAUUUUCAAAGGGACCAGAGCUGCAGCCCCUCACAUUUGGGCUUUUCCUCUCCAUGUACCUGAUCACUGUCUUUGGAAAUCUGCUCAUCAUCCUGGUUGUUGGCUCUGACUCCCGCCUCCACACCCCCAUGUACUUCUUCCUGGCCAACCUGUCCUUUGUAGACAUCUGCUUCACCUCCACCACCAUCCCGAAGAUGCUCUGGAACAUCCAGACCCAGAGCAAAGUCAUAACCUAUGAGGACUACAUCACCCAGAUUUAUUUUUUCAUACUCUUUGCUGUGAUGGAUGUCUUCCUCCUGAGUGUGAUGGCCUAUGACAGGUUUGUGGCCAUCUGUCACCCCCUGCACUACACGAUCAUCAUGAACCCCCGGCUCUGUGGACUGCUGGUUCUGGUGUCCUGGAUCAUGAGUGUCCUGCAUUCCUUGUUACCAACCUUAAUGGUGUUGUGGCUGUCCUUCUGUACAGCCUGGGAAAUCCCCCACUUUUUCUGUGAACUCAAUCAGAUGAUCCAACUUGCCUGUUCUGAUACCUUUCUUAAUAAUUUGGUGAUGUAUUUUGCAGCUGUCCUCUUGGCUGGUGGUCCUUUUGCUGGGGUCCUUUACUCUUACUCUAAGAUAGUUUCCUGCAUACAUGGAAUCUCAUCAGCUCAGGGCAAGUAUAAAGUGUUUUCUACCUGUGUGUCUCACCUCUUGGUUGUCUCCUUAUUUUUUUGUACGGGCCUCAGAGUGUACCUCAGCUCUGCUGCUACCCAGAGCUCACUCUCAAGUGCCACAGCCUCGGUGAUGUACACGGUGGUCACGCCCAUGCUGAACCCCUUCAUCUACAGCCUGAGGAACAAAGACAUAAAGAGGGCUCUGAAGAGAAUCGUUGGGGUUCCAGCGAUGUAAGGUCUAAUCAUUGUGGGGCUGAAGAAGUGCCCGUGAUUGCAGGGCUCAAAGCUUCAGAGCCAAGAACUGCUGUUCCUGGAUCAGACGGUGGAAGCAAAUUUCUGCUCCUUCUAUUUAUUUCCUGGAAUUUCCAUUUGUUUGUAUUCAACUUGUCUGUACAUUUACAUAACUCACUUUAUUAAGCUUUCUGCUGAUACGUAGACAGUUUCUCCUUUGUCCAUUUUCAUUGGUCCCCAGAGUUUUCCCCAACCUUGGACCAUAAAUACCUAGAAAUUUCUGUAUCUUACAUUGGGCAAGUUGGAUUUCCUAAAAAUAAUUUCUUUCAAAUGACUUAUACCAUGCCAAGUAAACUCCCCUAGAUUUUCCAUGAGCAUCGUCAUGAGUUAUAUUCUUCAUAUGGAAUAAAGCUAAGCCUGGCCAGUAAGCCCUCUCCAUAAUUUUAUUGUAGAUGAACACACAAACCACAGUUUCACCUUGAGACUGUCGAUCAUUUUAUAUCACAACCUGCAUCAUUCCUCCUGAUGAUGUGGACUCUAACAGUGUUCAGUUUCAGCCUCUGGCUAUUGAUACGGUGCUGUGGCUAUUGAAAGCCCAGGCACUCACCUGUGCCCAUGUACUUGUGGACAUUCCCAUGCACAUUCCCUGGCAGCCUAUGCUGUGACUGCACUGGCCCUUGGGUUCUUAUUGUAAGCGCAAGAAACACCUCAGGAACACUCAUCAGAGAACUCUAAAAAUGCAACGUUCAUUACUCAGGGAUCCUGGAGAGCACGUGGGACACCCUAAGGCCAUUUGGGGAGGUGUCAGUGGGAGAGGGAGACAUUGACAGGGAGGGAGAGAGAGAAAAAGAGAGAGAGAGAGAGAGAGAGAGAGAGAGAGAGAGAGAGAGAGAGAUAGCACUGCUGAGGCAUCUGGUUUAUUGAGGUCCAUGGCCAGAGUGACUAGGGUUUUGUGUCUCACACCUUAGUGGACAAUAUAUGAGUAGAUUUUGACUACUGAAGGGGAAAAGCAGGUUGAUUCAUGGGAAGUUAUUUGAGUUCGCCAGGGCUUUCUAAACAGGUACUUCAUGGCUGGGGCAGUCUAAGUAAUUGUAUCACACAUCUGACAGUAUAUUUAUUCAACAUGGUGGUCUUUGAAAUGGAUGCCUCAGAAAUCAAAAGCUCAAUUUCAGGCACUUACUCUUACCAUGCUACUGUAUUUCAUAACCGGUCUUCUGGUUUAUUCUGUUAUUCAGCUCGGUGUCCAGAGAGCCUACCAUAGCCACUGGCAAACCUGAU